UUUAAGUGAAUAAAGGUGGAGUUUGAUACAGUGGAGAAAAAGGGAGAAAAUGUUGAGUGUGGAGGUGUUAGGCUUCCACAUGGCGAAAAUAGACCUUUUCAAAUUCAUUGAUGCGUCGCAGAAGAAAGUAGUUGGGAGCAGUUGGGAAAUGACGAUGCAGUGCUCAUUUCUUCUCUCUUUCUCUCUCUCACAGACACACGUUUUUUCGCAAGAAGCCAUGGGCAACACAUCUUCCAUGCUCACCCAAUACGACAUCGAAGAGGUUCAGCAACACUGCCAACACGCUUUUACGCAGCAGGAGAUUGUUUCUCUGUACCAACGUUUCUGUCAACUCGAUCGCAACAACUGCGGUUUCAUCUCUUCCGAUGAAUUCCUCUCCAUUCCCGAAUUCGCCGUUAAUCCUCUCUCUCAGAGUUUGUUGAGGAUGCUGGACGGAUUGAACUUCAAGGAAUUCGUGGCCUUCUUGUCUGCCUUCAGUCCCCGCGCCACUCUUCACCAAAAAAUUUUAUUCAUUUUCAAGGUGUAUGAUACCGAUUGCAAUGGAAAAGUGACCUUCCAUGACAUGCUCAGGGCUUUGAGGGAUUUGUCAGGAUCCUUCAUGUUCGAGCAACAGAGAGAGGAAGUUCUGACACAGGUCCUUGAGGAAGCUGGGUAUGCAAAGGAUUCUUCAUUAGUCUUGUCUGACUUCGUGAAGAUUCUUGGCAAUUCGGGUUUGAAGAUGGAAGUAGAGAUUCCGGUGGAUUAGAGAGAGGAUAGCACUAUUGCCUAGCAUAAUUUAUAUAUAUAUAUAUAUAUAUAUAUAUAUAUAUAUAUAUAUAUAUAUAUAUAUAUAUAUAUAUAUAUAUAUAUAUAUACACAACUAGCUAUCAUGAGUACUUUAUGAGUUUGAUAUCGGACAUUAUUGGUUCUGGUAUUUUGAUCUUUAUCUUAAUGGGUAAUUAGAUUAUUUAUUGAGUGUUUAA